AUUGUGGUGGGACAUCUUUCACUGAGAAAUAACUAAAAUGGAACAUAAUGGGUCAGCUUCAAAUGCAGAUAAAAUCCACCAGAAUCGCCUGUCGAGCGUUACAGAAGAUGAAGACCAAGACGCUGCUCUCACCAUUGUGACCGUGCUGGACAAAGUAGCCACCAUCGUGGACAGCGUGCAGGCAAGCCAGAAGAGACUAGAGGAGAGACACAGGGAAAUGGGAAAUGCCAUAAAGUCCGUCCAGAUUGACCUGUUGAAGCUCUCACAGUCACACAGCAAUACAGUCUACGUCAUUAACAAGUUGUUUGAGAAAACGCGAAAAAUCAGUGCUCACAUUAAAGACGUGAAGGCCCAGGUAGAGAGGCAGCAAAUUCACGUGAAAAAAGUUGAAUCCAAGCAAGAGGAAAUAAUGAAGAAAAACAAAUUUCGUGUGGUCAUAUUCCAGGUAAGCUUGCCACCUGCGUUUGGUCUGAUUACUGCAAAAUCUUAACAUCCUUGAAUUGCCAACCAGUCGUAUGAGUUUUCCAGCAUCACAUCCUAACUAUUGUAUAUAUUCAUGGAGUGGAGUUCUUUAUCAGCGAGAAUCCCAGGAUAAAGCCAUUUCUGUAUUGACUAAUGUGCUAUCCUAUCAGUACGUGGAGUUUCUCAACUAUUUUGUGUAAUAGGAACUGUGGAUCAUAGCUGAGGCUAUUUCUUGCCUUUGAAACUUAAUAUUGGUACGGCUCUUUCAGCAUAUUAGCCAUCUUAGCAUGGUGCCCUUUUGGAGACUGAGAAUAUCAGUUCUAGAAGAGAUCUAAGAAGCCUCUGGUUUAAAACACCUCUUCGUUGUAUAAAAAAAGAAACCGAGGACCCAUAGUCCCACAAUGUCGUUUUCUGCUUUAUCAUGGAGAGCCUGAAAAGCUCUAAACAGUAAAAUGUAAACUCUUCGGAAUAU